CAACAGAUGUAUUCCCUCGCAUUGCAUUUUAAUUAAUCCUCGGCCCAUCGUCCCUCCAUCGCAACUCUGCAUCCAUAGCAGUUUCAAUCAACCGCCUCCACAGCUGCGACACCGCCUGAUAUCCAGAAACAUUUUCAGAUUAUGCCUGCGGUCAGCUGUGAUCCAAACAGCUGAUAUGGCUGCGAUGCCAUGACAAACGGUGUCGAUUGUCAAACGGGUCGAAGCAAAACAAUCGCUCGGGCGGCGGGUUAUAUCGAGGAGAGUGCUCGGUGGGUGCACGCAGAAAUUCGCGCCGCGUAGAACGUGGUAAUGACCAGCGGACAAGUGCCGAGCAGGUGAAGUUUACGUAAACAAAUUAUUCAGUGGAAUAUCGUUGAUGCAGCGGAAAAGUGUGUCGCGGGUCGCGCAGUUGCAAGUCAAAUCUACUUCGGAAGUGAGAGCCGCCCUUUAGCAGCAGCGAACCAUGGGGAUCUACUGGUCCGAGUUGUUCCCGAGCCGGCUGAGUGUGCUGAUCUUCAUAGGAUACAUGUCCUUGUUCGUCAGCCAAGGCAUCUUGGUCACGGCGUCUCAGGAAUCGAACAACAAGUACAGCUACAACACGGUCACGGUGGUUCUCCUCACGGAGGUGUUGAAACUGAUAGUGUCCUCGUGCCUGUACUGUCGAGAAAACAAUUUUCGAUCUUUGAUAUCUAACGUGCAGAAGAAUUCUAAUAUCUUGAUGCUGUAUUUCGUACCGGCGUUCCUGUACUGUCUCUACAACAACUUGGCCUUUAUCAACUUAUCUACAUUCGACCCUACUACGUAUUAUCUUCUGCUGCAGUUCCGGGUCGUCAUCACUGGAAUCCUUUUUCAGGUCAUCUUCAAAAAAAUCCUAAGUCGACGGCAAUGGGUGUCACUUAUUCUGCUGACACUGGGUUGCAUGGUGAAACAAGUGGAUCUCAAUCAAAUGAUGGACAUAACAGUCGCGACCCCAUCCACUACCAAAAGCGCUGCAUCGGCUAAAAACAUGACAGGAUUCGAUUUUAGCAUAAGCGCAGUAUUCAUAAUAGCUCAAACGAUUUGCUCCUGCUUGGCUGGCGUCUACAACGAAUACUUGCUGAAAGACAAAGGCGCCGAAGUGAAUAUAUUUAUUCAGAACGUAUUUAUGUACUUGGAUUCGAUCAUUUGCAAUGUCCUGAUCUUGGUUCUGCAGGGCGGUGUCGUGAAUGCAUUCACAGUUACUAGUCUUAAGUCCGUGUUUCAGUUCAAGGUAGUUAUAAUUAUAGUGAAUAAUGCAGCGAUCGGUAUUAUUACGAGUUUCUUUUUAAAGUACAUGAAUUCCAUAUUGAAGACUUUUGCAAGUGCCCUAGAGUUAAUCUUCACCGCCGUAUUAUGUUACAUAUUAUUUGCAAUUCCUAUUUAUGUCAACACUGUCCUUUCGAUAUUUAUCGUAUCUGUGGCAAUAUAUUUGUAUUCACAAAGUCCAGUUGUGAACUUGGGCAAGGUCCAUUUGAGUGAAGAGAGCAAAAAAUCCAUGGAUAGACAAAACCUGCUAAGUGAUACUGAAAUUGAAGAAGUUUAACUCCCAUAAGCAAUGGAACUUAGAUAUAAGUUAGUGUUGUCUUUGGAAAACCGAUGGCUAUUGCCUGUGCGACUGCAUUUGUAACGAAAGAUCCCUGAUUGCCCUCUAUUAUAUUGGUAACAACGAUUGUUAUUGUAACGUUAAGUACUUGCGGUAGAAUUUUUUUUACUGACACCAUUGACAUUUGCUUUGGCAUCAUUCAUUGAUGUUUACUAUGUAAUUUUGAUUUUUCUCAAUCCCUAAAUAGUAAAUGUACAUAAAAAAUCGUGCAUCAAUCAUGGACAUACAAUUAAUUUAUUUUUUAAUUCUGCAUACCAAGCCUUGAGGCAAAAAAAAUAGUUGUAGAUGUGUUUUUUGACCAUAUUUAUUGUUGCUGCAAAUUAAUUAUUAACAUUGAGAAAUAUACGACUUAUUUUUAUUGAGA